UGAAAAUUCUAAUGAGUGACAUAAGUCCAGAGAAAAGGCAAGAAGAAUUGGAAAUGACAUCAUAAUAAAAAGAUAGUGGAAUUAAUAAUUAAAUGCUUACAGAUCAGUAGGAUGAAUAAUUACAAGAAUAAUAGCCAUUAAAUAUCUAGGAUGGAUAAAAUGAACCUUCAAUGGUUACAAUACCUGAAGAAGAAGAAGAGAAGUUUUAUCCUUAUUAUCAUGGUGAGAGGAGUUGGUUUAUAUCUAAAUUAGCAUUUGUGCAUCUUACAGAAUAUUCAUUAUUUUUGAAGAAAAAUGUAUUAGAUAAGGGACAUAAAAUUGCAGAGAAACAUUUACCAAAAUUAUCACCUUGGGAAGAUUUAAAAGAAUCAAUUAAAGUUUGUUAAAAACAAGUGAAAUAAAAAAAAAAAAUUACUUGUGGUGAUUUAGUGAAUAUUAUAUUUUUUGGUUAAUUAAAGUGGAUUAGUUUAGGAUGUUUCUUUUCAUAUUUUAUGGAAGCUAUUGUAAGAAACUGUGUAUCAAUAGCAAUGAGUAAAGUAAUUACAAGUGCUUCACAACGUGAUAAAGAUAGUGCAUAUGGAUUCGCUACUUUGUUAGUAUUUCUUAAUUUACUUUGUUUAUUUACAAGACAUCAUGGUUAUAAUUUAGCUAUGGUUUUUUCAUCAAAAGCAAGAAUGACACUUAUAAAUUUAGUCUACAUAAAAUUAACUGAAUUAAGUGCUUAUUCUAUAAAAGAAGCAAACAUAGGGAAAAUCUUAAAUUUAAUUUCUGGAGAUAUAAAUUAUUUAGAAUUUGUAUUAAUUAUGAUAUUCUAAAGUAGUGUAUGUUUUAUAUCAAUUAUUUUUGGAUCUUAUAUAUUAUGGGAUAGAUUUAAUGGACCUAUUGGAAUAAUUUCAUUAGCUAUAAUAUUCACUGCAUAUCCUAUACAAAUAAUUUUAUAAUCUUUUAAUUCCAAGACAUUAAUAUCUUCUAAGUAAUAUUAAGAUUAAAGAUUAAAACUAACAAAUGAACUUAUUGAAGGUAUCAGACUUAUUAAAAUGUAUGCAUGGGAAUAAGCAUUUAAUAAAAUGAUAUCGAUAAUGAGAUAAAAGGAAUAUAUUUGUUUAUUAAAAAUCUCUUUUAGAUCAGUCAUAGAUAGAUUAUUUAGUUUGAUAUCCUAAAUUUGGUCAAGUUUUAUAUUUUUUGUUAUAUUAUAUUAUGGAAAUUUUAGAGAAACAAUGAGUGUAGCUGAAAUGAUUUCAACAAUUUAAUUACUUACAUUUUUUAAGAUAAGUUGUGUUUUCAUGGUUUCAUAUGGAAUUUAAUCAGUAAUUCAUAUAAAGGUAUCAUUUACAAGAAUAGCAACAAUAUUAAAUAUUGAAAAUUCAGAAAUGACUAAUUUAGAUUAAAUUCAUUUGAUUUCAGAUAAUACAAACAAUUAAUCAUAAAAUUAUACUGGACCUAGAAUUUAACUUUAAAAUUUUACAUCAUAUUGGACUAGUAAAGUAAUAGAGACUACAAAACCAGUUCUUAAGAAUUUAACAUUAAAUAUAUAAGCAGGAGAAGCAUGGGCUUUUAUUGGAAAAGUAGGUUGUGGUAAAUCAACUCUUUUAAGUGCUUUUUUAUAUGAAAUUCCUGCAUAUAAAGGAUCAUUCAAAAUUGAUGGUUAAGAAGCAAAUAAAGGUGCCUUAACUAUAGCAUAUGUUGAAUAAGAACCUUUUAUAUUUCCAGAUACAAUAAGAAGGAAUAUUUUAUUUGGAAGACCAUAUGAUAAAAUAUUAUAUUAAAAAGUUUUACAUGCUUCUUAAUUGGAAGCAGAUUUAUCUUUAAUGAAAUUUUAAGAUCAUACAGAAAUAGGGGAAAGAGGUACUACAUUAUCUGGUGGUCAGAAAGCUAGAUUAUCUUUGGCUAGAGCUUUAUAUUAAUAAGCAGAUUUAUAUUUGUUUGAUGAUCCUUUAUCUGCUGUAGAUGCUAGUGUUGCCAAAAAUAUCUUUCAUAUGGCUAUCAAAGAAUUUAUUUUUGAUUAUUAAAUUCAAAAAAAUCCAUCAAAGAAAAAACCUAUUGUUAUUUUAGUUACUCAUUAAGUUUAAUAUGCUGUUGAAUGUGAUAAAAUUGCUAUAUUAAAUGAUGGAGAAUUAAUUGCAUAAGGAUCUUAUAAUGAUAUUAAAUCAAGUUUGUAUAUGAUCAAUGAUGAAUUAGCUUAAUAAUUAAAUAACACUAAAGAAUCGAAAAAAUAAGAUUUCAUUAGACCAUAAUUUUAAAAGAGAACAAAACUUAAGCAUUCUGUUUCUAAUAAUCUUAUUGGUAAAGAGGCAGAUUAAUAAUCUUUGAUUUCAUUAUCAACAUAUUUUAGAUACUAUAAAUUUUGGAAUGUUAUAAUUAUCAUAUGUGUUCUUUUAUUAGAAGUUGGCUCUGAAAUUCUAAAUAAUUUUUAUCAAAGAAUUAUUUCACUUUUUGAAGAAUAUCAAAAAGAAAAUGAUUUGGAUACUGCUUUUUAUCUUUUAGGAAUGUUAACUUUAGGGCUUUUACUUACUAAUUUUUUUAAAUAUGGAUUGAAUACAUAUUCAGUUUAAACUUCUACUUAAAAAAUACAUUAAUAAAUGCUUAAAUCAUUAACCUUAGCUCCAGUUUCAUAUUUCGAUGUAAAUCCAUCUGGAAGAAUUAUUAAUAGAUUUUCAAAUGAUUUAUCAUUAUGUGAUAAUCAAACUAAUUCAGUAAGUUUGGAUGUCUUGGAAAUUAUUGGUAAUUUUAUAUUUGCUCUAAUCACUUUGGCUAUAUUGUAACCAUAUUUCCUUUUUCUAAUUGUAUUUCUUAUUACGAUAGAUGUCUAUUAAUUUAGCUAUGCUAAAAAGAUUAUAAGUUAAUUAAAAGAGGUUGAAUUAAUGUAAAGAAGUCCUUUAUUUGAUUUUUUGAAGAAAACUUUAGGAGGAGUGAUAUAAGUUAGAGUUUAUGAACAGUAAGCAUGGUUUAGAGAAUAGUUUUUAGAAAUUUCAAAUAAAUGUAAUCUUAAUGCCUUAACUUAUUAUUAUUCAUCAAGAUCUUUUGGAUUUAAUUUGGAUUUGAUAGGAUUUAUAGCAUAGACUGUUGGAAUAUUUAUAUUUGUAAAAUUAAAUUAUGAUGAUGUUGCAACUUUAUCUUAAGGAUUGUUACUAUUAACUGUUUAUAAUGAUGCUUUAUAAUGGGGUUUAAGAUAAUUAAUAACAUUUGAAACACAAAUGAAUUCAUAUAACCGAAUGUUUUAAAUUAUUGAUAUUUAACCAGAGGCUCCUCAUAUAACAUAAGAAGAUUCAAAAUAUCCUGAUUUUCCAAAAGAUGGAAGAGUUAAAUUUGAAAAUGUUUUUAUGAGAUAUAGAUAAAAUUGCGAAUUAGUUUUAAAAGGAUUAUCAUUUGAUAUUUAAAGUGGUGAAAAAAUAGGUUGUGUUGGAAGAACAGGAGCUGGAAAAUCAUCAAUUUUGUAAGCAAUCUUUAGAAUGUCAGAAAUCGAAUAAGAUUAAAAAUCAUAAUUAUAAAUUUCAGAUUUAGAAAUAAGAAAAUUAGGAUUGCAUAAAUUAAGAAGUAAUAUUGGAAUCAUACCAUAAUCACCAUUUUUAUUUACUGGAACUAUUAGAAGAAAUUUAGAUCCCUUUGAUGAAUUUACUGAUGAAUAAUUAUGGAAGGCUCUAGAAUAAACAGAUCUAAUUAGUCAUGUUAAAGCAUUUUAAAAUGGUUUAUUAACUGAUAUGAGUGAUGUCAAUUCAGUAUUUUCUGUUGGAUAAAAAUAAUUGAUUUGUCUUGCUAGAAUUGUUUUAUAUUAAAAAAAAAUUAUUGUUUUAGAUGAAGCAACUGCUAAUGUGGAUAUGAAAACUGAUGAUUUUAUAUAAGAAACAUUAAAAAAGAAAUUUACUAAUUGUACUUUAAUUACUAUUGCACAUAGAUUAAAUACAAUUGCUGAUUAUGAUAAAGUUAUGGUUGUAAGUGAAGGGAAAGUCAUAGAAUUUGAUACUCCUUAUAAUUUAUUAGCUAAUUCAAUUAAUUCUACCUCUAUAGAUAAAACUACUGAAUUUUCCAGACUGGUUAAAAAUACCGGUGAUCAAAAUGCUUAAGCUAUUUUUGAUAUUGCAAAAUAAAAGCAAAUUAAAAGAUGAUAUUUAUUUAAUCAAUGUUAUACAUCC